AUGGCUACUGCAGCUGUCGCAACCCAUAACCAACCCGCAGAGGAGUGGAAGAACGACAAGGUGUCCAAAGCAAGCCGCGAUGUCGCCUGGUAUCAAACAGCCCUGACUCGGGUCCCCGAUAUCGCUAGAGAGAUAUUCCGCGAUUACUCUGGCAUUCCUGAUGACCAGAUCACGGAUCACAUCCACCGCGUGAGAGACCAAGCUUGGGAUAUCUUGCCAUUCCCCUGCAUCGGGCUGUUCCGGUUUCUUGAUUUCCCAGCAUAUCUGCAACCAGUAUAUCCCGAAGUCCUGACGCGGAUUAAAUCCGGCGAGACAUUUCUGGACCUGGGCUGCUGCUUUGGUCAGGAUAUCCGAAAGCUCGUCCACGACGGCGCGCCAGGGGAGAACCUCAUCGGAGUGGACACCGAGUCGCGAUUCCUAGACCUAGGCCACCAGCUCUUCAAAGACAAGAACCGCCUCAAGGCCCAUUUCCAAACCGGAGAUGUAUUCGCCGAGGACUUUCUACAGGAGUGGCGCGGCAAAGUCGAUAUCAUCUUCCUGGGUUCAUUCUUACAUCUGUUCAGCUUUGAGCAGCAAAGAGCUAUAGUUUUACAGCUUGGCCGGCUACUGCGCGGGAACAACUCGCUUGUCUUUGGGCGCCAUCUGGCGACGACUGGCAAGGGAGGAACUCUCAAGGAGAAUGCGUGCGGAUGGUCGCUGUACCAUCACAGCGAGGAGACAAUCCGGGAGAUCUGGGAGACGGAUCCUCACGGGAAAUGGGAUGUGUCUUCGGAGCUGAUCCCAUAUGGAUCGGAAUCCUGGGAUAACGGGGUUAAAUGGAACGGAGGUGAUCAGAUUAAGCAGCAGCGGUUUGUUGCGCGGAGGGUAUAG